AACGAACCUCACCCACCUUCAUCGAGCGGCAAAUUGUUUCAAGCGCAAGAGAGGAGUCAGUUGAUGGAGCGGCGAGGAAGUGACCGCGCUGCCGCGAGGUACUUUGCGCCCAAGUCAAGCAGCCAAGGACUAGUCUACGGUAGUGACGAUGGGUAUACGUUAUGGAAUGGACCACAAAAAUCGACUCAUGGCAGUAACCAAGAUGACCAUGAUGACAUGUCCCCAAUACGGUCGGUUGCUCAAGUAAAUGGACUCAAGAGCCAAAGCUACGGUCCUACGACAUCAUCCGCAGGCCUUAUUCCAACGAUGCAAAAGUGGAAAACGAGCUCGUCGUCGCGGCGCACUGACACGAGCAGCGACGAAUUGGCAGCAUCGCUCGACAACGACGCCGACGACUUUGUCAAAAUGGAUGCGCGGCUUCAAAUGAAGGUGUUGUGCUGUCGCUCUCCUGACGAAAAAGUUCGCGUGUACAAAGAAUACGUGUGUGAACUCUUGCACGAGCUGGUAAUGACGGAGACCCAUUCGGAAGAGCUAGAGUAUGAGUUGGGCCUGAAAAGCGAGACCAUUGAGCAGUUGCAGCACAAAAUCGAGAGUUUGAUGGCACCAGAGGCAUUCCAGACUCUUCGUGAGUUUGAAGACAGUGCCGAGUUCGACAAGCCGUAUGACUCGCAAGGCGAAUUGCGUGCGUUAUGCCGCAAGCAAGAAGCAGAAGUGCACAUCCUUCUCGAGCGCGUCAAUGCUGCUGAAGAGAGAGAGGCUGCGCUGCGACAUCAGGUCGCUGCCAAGGACGAUGAAUUGGCCCAGCUCUCUGUUGCCCAUCGCCAGCUCCAAACCGAUUUGCGCAAUGAAAACAAACGCCGCGAGGAGUCGGACAAGAAAACGUCUGUCCUUCGUGAAAAGCUAGAUGCAUUGCGACGAUCUUCGCAGCAUCCGUCCAUACAAGCAAGUCUCGACGAAGCCCUUAGUAAAGCGGCGCAUUUCCGAGAAGUGGCCGAGGCGCGGCAACGAGAAAUCGAAGAAUAUGCGGCCAAGAUCAACGACCUGAAUCGUCAAGUGGUUAGUCAUGCCGACGCACUCCAAACAUCGGAGAGCUUGUAUCAAGCAGCCUUGCAGCGCCACGAAGUCGACGUCCAGCGCGUGCACGCCUCCUACCGCGACGAAUUGGACGUCCUAUCAUCCAAGUUCAAGCAAUGUGAUCUCGUUCGUCGAAAGCUUCACAACCAAGUGAUGGAGCUCAAGGGCAACAUUCGAGUCUUUUGUCGCAUCCGCCCGCACUUGGUGUCCGAGCGAUCGUCCGGUCGGCCAUUGUCCGAAGUGUACAUGUUUCCCGACUACGACAAGGACAAAAGGCGCGUCGUGCUCGUGGGUGACGCAAAGGCCCACACGAGCUACGCGCAGCAGCUCAACAGCAGCAGCCACAACGACACAAAGAAGUGGUCGUUUGAGUUUGACCAAGUCUUCAAUUGGCAUGCUACGCAGCACGAAAUGUUCGAGGAGGUCGCGGCGCUUAUUCAGUCGGCUGUCGACGGCUACAACGUGUCCAUAUUUGCUUAUGGCCAGACAGGAUCGGGAAAGACGUACACCAUGCAAGGCGACGAAGUGGCGCUCGCCGAGCACACGCCGAGUCAGUGGAAUCGCAUUCCUGAUUUGGGCAUUGUUGGUCGCACAAUGUCGCACCUGUUUGCGACGUGCGCCAGCCAGAAAGACCAUGGAUGGGAAUACACCAUCACGUUUGAAAUGUAUGAGAUUUACAACGAAACGAUCAGGGACCUCAUGGUGAAUCCGUCGUCGCCCCCUCAAGACAUCACGACCCAGCUGGACGCCGAUGGUCGCGUCCACGUGACCAACUUGACCGUCCUUGAAGUGCGCGACGAAGUGCAUGCCAUGCAACUUCUUAAACAAGCAACGACCCGUCGAUCCGUCAAGAAAACAAACCGCAACGAUGUAUCGUCACGGAGCCACUGCAUCACAACACUCAAACUGACUGGACGGCAUCAAAAGUCCAACUCGAUGCGGAAAGGCGCAGUCUACUUGGUGGAUUUGGCGGGAUCGGAACGGUUGAAGUGUUCGGGCAGCGGCAGUGACCCAGUCAUGCUGAAGGAAGCACAAAACAUCAACAAGAGCUUGGCAUCGCUGGGCAAUGUCAUAUCUGCUAUCGCCACCAAGAAACCUCACGUUCCGUUUCGAGACACCAAGCUCACGUAUGUGCUGCAAAAUACACUGGGCCACGACAGCAAGACGCUCAUGAUUUGCACGUUGUCGCCGUUAGAAGAACACCGCGAAGAGAGCUUGAAUACCCUGCGGUUUGCGAAAAAAGUCAACGCGUGCGAGCUCGCUGUGGCUGCAGCUGCCAAGUGAGCGCCCGACCGCAGUAGCCGUGGCACACAUGUAGAGUUUUCGCUGUAUGAUGAGUCCCCCUCGACCCGUAAUUUACCAUGCCUUUGCUACCACUUGCCCAAAUGAAGUUGCAAAAUGGCGUGGAUCGAG